ACACUGAACGAGGCGGUUUUCAUCUUUUCCCACAGUUUUAACCUUUUAUAGCAAAUAUCCCCAUCUCUCACCUAUGGAAGAAAACCCUUCCCAACAACACACCAAACCCACUGAAUCAACAAACGCAAUCAUUUCAAACGCCACCACCACCAGUAACUGCACCAACAGCACGAGCAGUAACAAUAGGAAGUGCAAAGGCAAAGGAGGCCCAGACAACAACAAGUUCAGGUACCGUGGAGUUAGACAAAGGAGUUGGGGCAAAUGGGUCGCUGAGAUCCGAGAGCCGCGUAAGCGUACACGCAAGUGGCUCGGCACUUUUGCAACUGCCGAAGACGCAGCUCGUGCUUAUGACCGCGCCGCCAUCAUUCUCUACGGUUCUAGAGCUCAGCUCAAUCUCCAACCCUCAAACUCUUCCUCUCAAUCUUCUUCUUCUUCCGCUCGUGGUGGCUCUUCUUCUUCUUCUUCUUCCACUCAAACUCUUCGCCCUUUACUUCCUCGCCCUUCUGGGUUUGGAUUUUCAUUCUCUUCUGCUCCUUCAAUGACUACUGUGCCAUUUGGGCUUUACCCUAGUCCUUUACUUUGUGCUAACAAUAUAGUACAAAGUCCUCAGCAACAACAAAUAGUGCAGCAGUUUAAUCAAUAUCAGCCUUGUGAUGGGACUGUCACACCUACGACGACUACAACAACAACAACCUCGUACCCAAACCCUAAUGAUCAACAACAACAUGAGGGUUUUUUGUACAAUGAAUUUAACAGGCUUGUGGCGUCAGUCGAUUCGAACUUGACUUUGAAUACUACACAACCUGGAGUUGCACCGGUGGGUCCGGAUCCGAUUGGGGCAAUCGGACCUGGAUCUCCACCUAUGUGGCCUUUGACAAAUGAGGAAGAGUAUACACCAAGCCUUUGGGACUAUGGGGAUCCCGAUCAGUAUGUUGAUGACCCUUUCUUGUUUGAUUUUUAAGGUUUGCAUGUCUGUUUUGGGAAACAAGAGAAUAUUAUUUAUUCAAUUUCUCUAUAAGGUUUAUGCACUUAUUAGUAUGUUGAAGAUCUAUAGCGGAUUCUAAUAUUUUUGGGACCAAGGCCAGGUUGUUGUUGGUACUGGCUUGCAUGCAAGUUAAUU